AUGAGGCGUCUGCUCCGCGUCUUCGGGCACACCCCUCGCCUACCCCCCUCCAAGAUGGAAGCCUCAAUAACGGAGGCUAGGGGGAACGUGGCAGACCGAGCUGUUGAUUCUCAUCGACAGUUAAGGGUGGUGGUCAUUGGUGCCGGGAUCUCGGGGAUUCUGGCCUGUGUGCGGUUGGCGCAGAGAAUCCCCAAUCUCGAACUAUGUGUGUACGAGAAGAACGAGGACGUUGGAGGUACCUGGUUUGAGAACCGGUAUCCCGGCUGUGCAUGUGGUAGGAACCUAUGCCCCUGCCGCCGGCUUCGAGAAGGAUCAACUGAUAGAGCGCUCAACAAAGAUAUCCCAGCCCAUACCUACCAAGCCACCUUCGAGCCCAACCCGGAAUGGACUACUAACUACGCCUUGGCAUCUGAGAUCCACCGCUACUGGAAAUAUCUUGCACAUAAAUACGGUUGCAUGAAAUAUAUCAAGCUGAAGCAUCAGGUAUGCGAGGCGGUCUGGGAUGACACGAAGUUUAAGUGGCAGUUACAGAUUCAAGAUCGGGACAGUGGCACCACGUAUCCGGAUCAAUGCGAGGUUUUGAUUCAGGCUACGGGAUUAUUGAAUCACUGGAAGUGGCCAGCGAUUCCGGGUCUUCAUGAGUUUCAGGGUAAGCUAAUGCAUAGCGCAUCCUGGGACGAGAGUUACGACUAUAUGGGCCAGCGGGUUGCGAUUAUCGGUAAUGGAUCGAGUGGUAUCCAGAUAGUUCCCGCUAUGCUGCCGAAUGUGGCACACAUUGACCACUAUAUACGAAAUCCGACGUGGAUUGCCCCGUCAUUCGCAAAAGCCUAUCUCGAUGGGCGCGGACAGGCACCCGAGAAUUUCGCUUUUCCCGAGGACGAGAGAAAAACGCUUCGGGAGGACCCCCCAAAAUAUCUGGCAAUGCGAAAAGGUCUUGAGCUAGUUUUACAGUCUGUUCAUGGGGCCACGCUCUUGGGCCACCGACAACAAAUCGCCGCGCAGCAGGAGUUUACCCGCCACAUGGACCAUUGUCUGACCGAUCGGCCCGACCUCAGCGACGAGCUAACGCCCAGCUUCCCGCCCGCAUGUCGCCGGCUGACCCCGGGCCCGGGCUAUCUGCAGGCAUUGAAAAACGAAAAGGUGAAGACGAUCAAGUCGGCAAUAGUAGGGGUCGACACAACUGGCAUUAUCACCGCAGACGGACUGCACAGGCCGAUCGACGUGCUUGUGUGUGCAACGGGUUUCGAUACAUCGUACAGUCCCCGCUUCCCGGUUAUAGGCCGAGGAGGUAUCUCGCUCGCAGAGCGGUGGAAAAACACCCCCGAGACAUAUCUGUCGAUCGCUAUAGACGGCUUCCCCAAUCUUUUCCAUUGUCUCGGACCCAAUUCCGGACUAGGCGAGGGAAAUCUCUUGCUUGUGAUCGAGCGAAUCGCCGAUUACUUCACUGAAUGUGUACGCAAGAUUCAGCGUGAGAAUAUUAUGGCCAUGACACCCCGAGACGAUGCUGUUCGGCGCUUUACUCAGUACUGUGAUCAGUACUUCUCAGGAACGGUAUACAGCGGCGAAUGCCGUAGCUGGUACAAAAGUGGCACAGAGGAUGGGCGCGUUACAGCCCUGUGGCCCGGCUCAUCGCUACACGCAAAGGAGGUAUUUACACACCCUCGCUGGGAGGACUUUACAUAUGAUCAUGGCGGCAAUAAUCCCAUGGGCUGGCUAGGUGACGGGUGGACGGAGGACGAGAAGCGCGGUACUAUCAGGGUAGAUUAUUUGGAUGAUGACAAGAUUGACUUUCCUCCCGUGCCUCUGGAAGGAUCCUAG